GCCAUCUGAAAGACAUGAGGUCUUUCGAAGACAAGGAGCGUCAUGAAUUUCGGAUCGACGCGGCGCAUGAGCUGAGGUGCGGGAGCGGGGACUCCGCCGUCAGGUUUUGCGGCUCCUGCGAAGCCUGCAGGUUCAACUCCCGGCUGUCCGCGGCCACCCGCUGGUUCACCCGAGCCGGGGACGCCUCCAAGAGAAGGUUCCUUACGGGGCUCAUCCUCCGCUGCCAGAGCCUGGACCUCCUGGUGAACACCCAGAAGGUUCUGCAGGUGACCCUGGGGAAAGAUUUCACCUACUCCCGGUCCCGGGCGGCUCCCAGCCUGGACCAGGACUCCACCACCUGGAGCGCCGACCGCGCUCUGGACUCCCGGCUCCUCGGCAGGGAGAUGCUGGAGACGUGGGAAUGGUUCGCGGGCGGCAAAUACUGGACCAAGGCGAAGUUCAUCCUGGCGCUCCUGGCGCUGUGCGAUGCGGAUCUGGUGCAUGUGCUGGGCAACCUUGUUCGGGUGCUUGUCGUGAGAGGGAAAAGGGAAUCUUCUUCCAGACAGUGCGACCGCGGAAAGUCAGUCCUGGAAGACCUGGAGGAUGAUUCCUCUUCAAUCCCAGAAUCCCAUUACUCUUUCAGGUCCGAGGAUCAUCCCGAGCUGGAGCUCCUGAUCCAGGCCAGUUCGGGUUACGAGCCCGUCACCAUGGAAACACACACCAGCGUCUGGGCCUUGGCUCCUGUGGAGACCCUGGAAGACAGAGACCCAGAGCCUUCUGAGAGCGGGCCGCUGGAGCAGAGUCCCUGCACAGGAGAGGAGGAGGAGAGUCACAGCCCUGGCCGUUUCCUGGAGAGUGAUGAGGACCAGUCAGUAUCGUCGGAUGAUCCUGCUCUCGUGACCCUCCCCAGCUCCUCCCAGUCGCUGUCGGGGGUCGGCCACUACAGGGACUUCAUCCGCAGGCUCCCUGUCCACCUGGCCAAGCACAUCCUCGGGCUUCUGGAUAACAAUUCUCUGGUGAAUUGCCUGUUUGUGUCUCAGCACUGGCGAUAUCUUGCAGAAGAAAUACAGAAAGAGGUGCUUGUCCGUAGGACAGUGGAGAAUCAAGCCAUGAUCCUGCAGGGCACGUCUUCGUCAGGGGUCAGCCCUGUCUAUGCUAAAAUCCGGGAUAUCCCUGUUCCAAUGACACAGGAAGAAAAGCUCACCAUGCCUUUUCAAGACAGUAGUAAUAAAAUGAAACCAAAGGACAGAAGUGUAGAAGCUGCUUAUGUGGGGGUUGAAACCAAAACCAUCCAAAUGGAAGAAAGAAAUGUUUACUGUGGGACAUACAACAUCCUUGUAUUGAAUGAGAAUGAAGAUUCAAGCAGGGUGGCGCACUACAAUGGAGGGAAGAUGGUGGCCAUCGGCUCAAAGGACAGGCAGGUCCGCCUGCUGGAUCUGGCGAACGGCAAGGAGGUGCCUCCUCUCAUUCACGGCCAUGCGGGGAGCAUCCGGGCUGUGCUGCUGUGUGAAGAGAGAGGCUUUGUGAUCAGUGCCAGUUAUGAUCUGAGUAUCAGAUGCUGGAAUUUACAGACUGGAGCCUGUAUGAAGAUUUUCCGUGGCCACUUAGGGACAAUAAGUUGCCUUGAUUUACAUGGAAACAGACUGGUUUCUGGGGCCAAAGACUGCAAGGUCAAAGUGUGGAACUUGCUGACUGGGAAAAAUUUCACAAAGCUGAAGUUCAAGCACCAGGACCCCAUCCUGUGUGUGAAGAUUGAUAAGAGCUACGUGGUUAGUGGCUGCAGAAAGGGCCUGGUCAAGGUCUGGCACAUCGAGACCGGCUGUCUGAUGAAGACUGUGGAGGGCCACCAGGGUGCAGUGAAGUGCUUGUUCUUUGAUCAGUGGCACAUCCUGUCUGGGGGGUCAGACGGCUACAUCAUGGCCUGGAGCAUGAACAAAGAGUUCCAGAGGUGCCUUAUGGCUUUCAGGCACCCAAAGGAGGUGCAGUGUCUGGCGUUCCUCUACCUGCGGGUUGUCAGCGGCUGUGCAGACGGCAAGAUCCGGGUCUUCAACUUCCUGACGGGCGACUGCCUGCGGGUGAUCAAGGCCAACAGCCGGCAGAGCCCCGUCCUCUCCCUCGACAUCCACAGCAACAGCAUUGUGAUGAACACGAAGGCCAGUGUGCUGCUCUUCCAGUUUGCGGAAGUAAAGUGGGACUACUCCCUCACAGCAGAGGGAGAGUCGGACGCUGGGAAGGAUAAGGACCGGACCUGGCCCAGAGGCUCCGCCCUGAGGAAACACCCCUACCCUUACGUCCGUGCCCAGCGCAUGAAGAGGGUGGGGUCCACGAACAGGAAGAUCUACCACCGACAGGCGGAGGACAGGGAAGGCCCAGGCAGUGGCCUGUCUCACCAUGCCCGCAGCCUGUCCAGCCAGAGCAUGCACGCGGCACACAGUGUCCAGCGGGAGUCUAUGAGGCCUGCGAAAUGGAGUGAGCUUCCGAGCUACCGCCGGAGCACGGCCUACAUCGACCUGCAGCCGGAGUUCAUCGCCAAGCCGCCCUCUGCUUUGGAGCCUGGGAGGCCUGUCAGUGGCAGGAGCCCUGAGACUGGCAGCAGGGCUAGCCGGACACCAAAGAGACACAGCACUGCCAGUUCAGGAAAGCGAUCCAGCGGAGGUGGCGCGGAGGCCCAGCUGGCCCUGAGCAGGAGCGAGCAGUCUGUGCUGCAGCAGGUGAAGCAGAGAGGCCUGCAUCACCCCAUCAGCCCUGAGCACCUCCUUCUGGCGCUCGGCACGGCUCAUCAGGCCCAGAGGUCAGACCCAACCAGCAGCAACACGGUGCUCAAUGCCCGGGUCCGAGACGCCUGGGGUUCCCCUCCUGCCCCCCAGACAGCAGGGCAUGAAUCUGAAGCAACGAUAUCCCAGAAGGCUCCGCAGCCAAAAACAACGGACACCCGCAGUGCUCCGGUUCGCUUCCGGGAGGUGACAAAGAUCUACACUCCGCUGGUGAGCAAAGGGCUGGAUCUGAAGCUCAGACACUCUCUUCAUGGGCACAGCGUCAGGUCCAGCCUCCCCAGACCCGCGGUGGUGCGGCCACAGACGGGCACAGGCCCGGGGGAAGCUGGGGCACUCGAGACGGGCAGGAGGAGGCCGCAGACCUCGGGCAGCGCUGGCGCCCGCCAGGCGGGCAGCCUCAGCGCCACAGCGGAGCGGGGCGCCCCGAGGAUGCAGAGGAUGCUGCUGGGUACGCCCUGCUCCAGCCCGCAGAGACACGUGAGGUUCGAGCAGUGCCCCGCGGAAUCCGGCCCCAGCAAACACUACCCCGUGGACCCGUUCAGGGAGCACAGCGGUUUCAGGCUGCAGACGUUCACGCAGAGGCAGCAGAGCCAGCAGAAUCAGGCCCGGCAGCAUGAGGCGGCCCUCUCGCAGGAAGCCAGUGACAGGGACAAGCAGAGCAAGAGAGCCUGGCUCAUGAAAGUCAAGGGGCUGCCUAUUGGCGACUUCCUCAAGGAAGGACAGGUGUUUGCCCCCGAGCUGGGGCACGAUAGCUACAUAUGAGUCGGCCUGCCACUUUCAGAACUGGCUUUACUGGUGCCAGACAAGGUCCUGGCCGGACUAGAAAAGGAAUGAGAAAACGCAAAGUGAAUCCUUAAUAGGACAUGUGUUUCGCCAAUCAUGUGAUUACUCAACAGCUGCUUUUAUAAAGCCUCGAGUGGCAUUAGUGGCAAAUCAAAAUAAUAAUUCUAUAGGAAGACAGAAACAGAAAUGAACUUUCUAUUCGAAUGUAAAAGUAUAUUGACUGGCAACAUCAGUAUAAAUGUCAUUUUGUACAUGUGUCUUUGCAAACAAAUUCCACGAUCCAUAAAAGAAGUUUCCCCAUUGUUC